UCGCUUGAUAUUUUCACCAGGCAGCGGCAGGAAGAGGACCUGAGAGGAAGUAGUAAUAGGAAGGGUGCUAUUGUUUGGAGUUCUGCAAACCUGAUAAGGACACAAAGGAAUAUACAAAUACACAAAUUCCUCAGUACAAAGAACCACUGUUUCAGCUCUACUAAUCUAGUAAGAAAACAGUUCUGGUGAACAGAAGACAAAAGUACUGUGCUCCAGCGGCAGAGGCAAGAAAGAUGUCAAGUGCCAUCCUGAGACGAAACUCUAGCAAGCAGGGCUUGCAGAAUCUCCUGAGAGUGACGGCUCAGCGCAGCAUUGAGGAUGCAGAGGAAAUUGAGAGGGAGCGACGCCGCCGGGCUCGAGAGUCUUUCAGGAGGGAACACAGUCUAUCUGGAUCUGUUGGAUCUCCUCAGGAUUGUUCAGGACCAACUGAGGAGUCUCUCUAUGAGAGUGAGCUGAAACCCAGAAGCUCUGGUGCUCUGGAGGAAGAUGAAGGAUUCAGUGACUGGACUCAAAGAGUGGAGAGGGACAGGCGGGCCCGUCAGGAGGAGAAUGAUCCUAAAGAGGAGGACAUGGAGGUGGAGAGAACCAUGAACGGGGCAAGCCGAAGAGUGAAAAUUAGUUCCACUGUGCUAAAUCAACACCAUAAGGGAGAUGUGGGAAAAGAGAAGGAAUACAGGCCAGUACAGAAGAGCAGUGAGAAAUACAUGGUGUUUGGAGAAAAGCCAAGCAAUCUCAGGGACAGAGAGACAGAAUGGAAGGAAGAUGUAUUGUCAGUUAACAAGAGGCAGACGGAACAGCAAAAACCACACACAGAGGAAAAGGUAAAAGAAAUUAAAAAAGAAGUGAAGGUCUCGUAUACAUCCAAAGUUUUUUUGCAGCAAGAAAAAAUGCCCGCUGCCAACAAUGAGGAUACUGCUAGUGAGGAAGUGACAUCACAUCUGCUUAAAAUGAGAAAGACUUCAAGCAGGAUCAUGGGGCAGAGCUCAGAGCCGAGGGAACAGGCCGUGAGCAAUGUAGAAACAGAGCAGAAGCUAGAGAAGAUCCGGCGGAGCCACCAGGAGAAAGAGAGUCAGGAGUUGGAGCAGCUACGUCAACGGCAGGCCGAGGCCGAGUUGGAGCUGGAGGAGUUGAAGAAAAAGAGGGAGGAGCGUCGAAGAGUCCGUGAGGAAGAGGAGCACAGGAAGGAAGAGGAGGAGCAACAGCGCCUAGCAAAGGAGGAGGAAGAAAAGAGGCAGAUGAAGGAGGAUAUUGAGAGGAGGAGGAUGGAGGCAGCUGAAAGGAGAAUUAAGAACAUGAAUAUGUCUUCCAUGGAUGAAGAUGAAUCAUUUAACCCACUGAGUCCAAAGAGUCCCACAUACAAGAUCACAGAGAGAACAGAGUCCCUGAAUCGAUCUUUAAAAAAAAGCAACAGUUUUAAGAAGACUCUGCCACCACUUCUGCUGUCCAAGAUUGAUGACAAACUGGAGCAAUACACUCAUGCUAUAGAAAGCUCCUCAAAGGAACCAAAGACAACCAAACCAGCUGUGGUAGAUAUUCCUAGUGUUCCUGAACCUGUGGUUGCCAAAAAGAAUCUGUUCGAGGCAGGAGAGGCCUGGAACCAAAACGCAUCUAAAGGAACUCCAACAAAGGACACUGAGGGGAUAAAAGUCGGUGUGGCAGAUCUGAUCACCCAGUGGGUGAAAGGAAGCUCAGAUGGUAGCAGCAGACACUCGCCUUCUAGACCAUCUGAUGUUAAGGCAGGAGAUGUGCUCCAGAAAAAGAAUAUGUGGGAAAUUAUUGGAGAAGGAUCAGCAACAGGACGUUCAGGGUCAGGAGGAAAGGGCAACACUUCUGGAAAAUGUUACAAGUUUGUUGUGACUGGCCAUGGUAAAUAUGAAAAGGUUUCCAUUGAUGAUGACCAAUAUAGCGACUACCCAAAUGGAAAAUCAGGGGACCUGUACAAUGAUUUCUAAGGAUCUAUUGAAAAUCAAAGUUAAAGAAUGGUUUUGUAUUAAAUAAACAUACAUUCUGUCAUGGAUGCCAUUCAGUAAUUGGUAACUACAUACAUGUUCUGACAACAAAUGUUGGUUUAGAUAAGGUAUGAUUGUUUAUCGUUUGUACCACAUAUGCAGUAUAAAUGAACUGAUGUCAGGAAGCAAAUGUUCACAUCACUUUGUUUCACUAAAAAUGAUACACCCAUUUUAGCUCUAUCAAAUUGCAAAUAUGUUUAUUUCAUUGAUGUGAUUGUGUUUAUGUAAAUACUAUGCUAGUUUUACUUUGGAGUUUAAUCUGUCUGCACAUUUCAUGGACAAUCCCAUUUUAGUUCACAACAUAUAGCAUAGUAUAUAUACUUAACUCUCAUCAUUAUGUUAAAUCAUUUUUGAUACAGUGCCAUAAAAAGUAUGUGCCCCUUUCUGAUGUCUGUUUUUGCAUACUGGAUACUGUAUGUAUAUCACUUUUAAAGGAUAUUUUCAUUAACUGAAGAAACAAUACCAGCUACCCCUGAAUUCCUGAAUUGAAAACAUGAUUGCCUAAACUUAAUUAAAUGGUUGUGCUACCUUUAACAGCACCAACUGCAACCAAACACUUAACUGGAGAUCAAUCUUUCAGGCUGUGGUGGAAUUUUGGCUCACUCUUCGAGUAUGAACUUUCCAGUUCAGGUCUUAAACCUAGCAUCUCAAUAUGAUUUAAGUCUUUGACUAGUCCACUCUAAGCUCUUUUGAGGCAUUCAUAGGUGGAAUUAAUCCUGAGUAUCACACAGGGUUUUUAUUUUGUUGCACAUCCCAGUUGCUAUAAAAGAAAUGCAGUAGUUCAAUCAAGAAGUGGGCAAAUACAUUUUUUAGCACAGUACAUUUCUUUUGUUUAUACUAACUUACCAUGUAUGUUAUGUUCAACUGUCUUUUGCUGAACACUGGACUUAGUCCACCAUUGUAUAUUUAUAAAAAAUAUUGUUUCAAGGAUUAGCCUUUAAGCCAAUAUUUCAUUCGGGCCAUUUAUAUGUAUGUAUGUAUAUGUGUGUGUGACAGUGUGUGUGGUAAUGUUUUUCUAUUGUACUGAUCUUCUCUUAAAUAAAUUCGACUUUUUUAUGAACUCUC